AUGGCACCGCUGGCGCUGUCCCCGUCCCCGUCGCUGUCCCCCCACCUUCCCAUUCCCGCGGGAUUCCGCGCCGGGAACGAUCCUGCCCCGCCACCUUCCAGCCGGCAGAAUUCCCGGGAAAAGGACAUCCGGAACACGGUGGGGAACAUUCCCAUGGAAUGGUACCAGGAUUUCCCACACGUCGGAUACGACCUGGACGGGAGGAAAAUCUUCAAACCCCUGCGGAGCAAGGACGAGCUGGACCUGUUCCUGGAGAAGAUGGAAAACCCGGAAUACUGGCGCACGGUGCAGGACAGACAGACGGGGGCGGAGGUGGCUCUGUCGGAGGAGCAGCUGGAGCUGGUGCGGCGCCUGCAGCGGGGGCACUUCGGGGACGUCACCUUCGACCCCUACGAGCCGUCCGUGGAUUUCUUCAGCCACGAGGUGCGGAUCCACCCGGUGACCAACCGGCCCGCCGACAAACGGAGCUUCAUCCCCUCCCUGGUGGAGAAGGAAAAGGUCUCCAAGCUGGUGCACGCCAUCAAGAUGGGCUGGAUCCAGCCGCGGAAGCCGCGGGAGAGCGUUCCCGCCUUCUAUGACCUGUGGGCGCGGGAGGAGCCCGGCUCCGUGCUGGGCCGGCACAAGAUGCACGUCCCCGCGCCCAAGCUGCCGCUGCCCGGCCACGCCGAGUCCUACAACCCCCCCCCGGAAUUCCUGCUCAGCCCCGAGGAGCGCCUGGCCUGGGAGCAGCAGGACCCAUCGGAGCGGCGCCUGCCGUUCCUCCCGCGGCGCUUCCCGAGCCUGCGCGCCGUUCCCGCCUACCCGCGCUUCAUCCACGAGCGCUUCGAGCGCUGCCUCGACCUCUACCUCUGCCCCCGCCAGCGCAGGAUGAGGGUCAACGUGGAUCCCGAGGAUCUCAUUCCCAAACUUCCCAGGCCCAGGGAUCUGCAGCCCUUCCCCACCACCCAGGCCCUGAUUUACCGCGGCCAUUCCAGCCUGGUGCGGACCCUGAGCGUCUCCCCCAGUGGGCAGUGGUUGGUGUCAGGCUCGGACGACGGCUCGGUGCGGUUCUGGGAGGUGAGCACGGCGCGCUGCCUGCGCACGCUGACCCUCGGCGCCGUGGUCAAGAGCGUGGCCUGGAACCCCAACCCCUCCAUCUGCCUGGUGGCCGUGGCCGUGGAUGAGCAGGUGCUCCUGGUGAAUCCGGGCCUCGGGGACCGGCUGCUGGUGGCAGCCACGGAUCAGCUCCUGGAUUCCUGGGAAGCUCCGGAGGAGGAGCGGGUCCAGCCGGUCCGGUGGAUCCCGGCCAGCCCCGAGGAGCGCGGGAAGGGGAUCCGGCUGCUGGUGCAGCACAGCAAGCCGGUGAUGCAGGUGACGUGGCACGGCAAGGGCGACUACUGGGCCUCGGUGGUGCGGAACCCGGGCAGCCGGCAGGUGCUGAUCCACCAGAGCAGCCGGCGCUGGAGCCAGGAUCCCUUCCGGAAGAGCCCCGGGAUGAUCCAGUGCGUGCAGUUCCACCCGCUCCGGCCCUACUUCCUGGUGGCCUCCCAGCGCUCCGUGCGCAUCUACAACCUGCUGCGCCAGGAGCUCACCAAGAAACUCCAGAGCAACUGCCAGUGGAUCUCCAGCAUGGCCGUGCACCCCGGAGGGGACAACGUGAUCUGCGGGAGCUACGACAGCAAGCUGGCCUGGUUUGACCUGGACCUGUCCACGCGGCCCUACCGGCUGCUGCGGCACCACGGCCGCGCCGUGCGCUCGGUGGCGUUCCACCGGCGCUACCCGCUCUUCGCCUCCGCCUCCGACGACGGCUCCGUCAUCGUCUGCCACGGCAUGGUCUACAAGUACGGCACGAUCCCGAUCCCGGGAAUCCAUCUGGGGCAUCCGCGGGAUCCAUUGAUUGAUGGGAUUGGUGGAUGAUUGAUUGAUUGAUGGGAUUUGUUUGUGGGAUUUGAUGGGAUUCAUUGAUGGGAUUUGUUCGUGGGAUUCAUUGAUGGGAUUUAUGGGAUUCAGUGAUGGGAUUGAUGGGAUUCAUUGAUGGGAUUCAUUGAUGGGAUUGAUGGGAUUCAUUGAUGGGAUUAAUUGAUGGGAUUUAUGGGAUUCAGUGAUGGGAUUGAUGGGAUUCAUUGAUGGGAUUCAUUGAUGGGAUUGAUGGGAUUCAGUGAUGGGAUUCAUUGAUGGGAUUUAUGGGAUUCAGUGAUGGGAUUGAUGGGAUUCAUUGAUGGGAUUUAUGGGAUUCAGUGAUGGGAUUGAUGGGAUUCAUUGAUGGGAUUCAUUGAUGGGAUUUAUGGGAUUCAGUGAUGGGAUUCAUUGAUGGGAUUUAUGGGAUUCAGUGAUGGGAUUCAUUGAUGGGAUUUAUGGGAUUCAGUGAUGGGAUUGAUGGGAUUCAUUGAUGGGAUUCAUUGAUGGGAUUGAUGGGAUUCAUUGAUGGGAUUAAUUGAUG